CCUGCCCCGGUUCUCUGUUCCUCAAACCCUUAAAAACAUUUAUAGCUUUAUUUUUCUUACCACCGAGUCCCUUUGCGUGCCCUCUUUUUCCUGACCAGAUACCUCGGAUUUCUAGUCUUUUCCCUUUUGGAUUUCUGUCCCCAUUAAUCAGACUCUUUAAGCUGAAAGCGUGGAUGUUGUAAUGGAGACCAAAGGUGGCAAAAAGAAGUCUAGUAGUGGUACUAGUCGUAAUUCUUUACAAUACGAAGCUCCUCUCGGUUACAGCAUUGAAGACAUUCGUCCAAACGGCGGCAUCGAAAAGUUCCGAUCUGCUGCUUACUCCAACUGCGUUAGAAAACCAUCCUGAUACAACCCAAACUAAAUGGCCCCCCAAGUCUUAGAGUAGGAUUGUCUUCAGCCUCUUCGUUUUCUUUUUCUUCCCUUCCCUUUCUCUAAUUGAAGAACAGUUGCUAAGAAUCAAAGACAAAAAGGCAGCCAUUAAAUAAUCCCGCAUCGAAGAAAACAAUUUCCAUUGAUAUUGUUAGUAUUGAGCUUUCUUGUGAUGAAACGUGACAUGGAUUCGCCGGCGCCUCCUUCACCAAUAGGCUUCGAAGGCUUCGAAAAACGCCUGGAAAUCACUUUCUUUGAUCCACCCAUCGUCAAGGACACAAAUGGGCUGGGCCUCCGAGCCUUAUCUAAAACCCAGCUCGACUCCAUCCUCCAACCAGCUUGUUGCACCAUAGUUUCCCAGCUCUCCAAUCCCAACUUCGACUCUUACGUCCUCUCCGAGUCAAGCCUCUUUGUUUACCCAAACAAAAUCAUCCUCAAGACAUGCGGAACCACAAAGCUCCUUUUGUCAAUAUCCCCGAUUCUUCAGCUCAGUAACUCGCUCUCACUCAGUGUGUCACGAGUCAACUACUCACGCGGCACCUUCAUUUUCCCUGAUCACCAAUCUGCCCCUCACCGUAACUUCUCUGAGGAAGUUACAGCGCUAAGCGAAUUUUUUACUGAUUUUAUUACCGAGGCUUCAAUAAUUGGCGAUCCGAGGUUUCCUACUCGUAGCUGGCACGUUUACUCGGCUGUAGCAAAACGUUCACAGCCGUUGAUGGAAGAUCCAAGGGAAUUGGUUACUCUGGAAAUGUGCAUGACGGGUUUGGAUAGAGAAAAGGCAGGCGUGUUUUACAAAAGGGCGGGGAUGGGGGAUUGUUCGGCACGUGAAAUGACGAAAACGUCCGGAAUUGCUGACAUCAUCCCGAGUCACGUGAUAUGCGACUUCGACUUUGACCCGUGUGGGUAUUCGAUGAAUGGGAUCGAGGGAUUUGCCUACUCUACGGUGCACGUGACCCCAGAAGAAGGGUUCAGUUACGCUAGCUACGAGGCCAUGGGGCUCGACACCGAUUCUGUCAAGCUGGAACCUCUGGUUAAAAGGGUGUUGACAUGUUUUUGUCCGAACGAAUUUUCUGUUGCGGUCACGUGCCAUGGUGGUGGGGCUCGUUUCUGGGCCAUGGAUGGUGCUGACGUGGAAGGCUACUCGCGUCAGUAUAUGGUGAAGCAGGAGCUGCCAGGUGGAGGGUGUGUGGUUUACUGGACUUAUUUCUCCGAGGGAGAGAGGUGCACAUUGCGCGCUCCUGCUAAAUUGACCAUGCAGUGCUGGAAGGAAGCGGUGGAGGAAGAGGAGGAGGUGGCUGGCGCGGUGGUUUGUCAGUGUAUUUCAUCAGCCUGAGAGUUGGAAGCUUUGGUUGCCUGUCAGUCACAGGCUGUCAUGAGUUAUUUUUAGUUUUGAGUUAAUAAAAAUUAUGGGGUCAAAGUUUGGCUCUGGGUAAGUUUGGUAAGUCGAGUGUUUUAAAAUGGGUUUGGCAUAAUCUUUGUUUGGGGGUCCCCAAAGCUGUUGUCAAUGUCAUUUCCAUGCUUUUUGAGCACAGGUAGAGUGGAAUUCUAUAAUUGCCUGUAGUAUGGACUGAUCUGAGGUGGAAUAUUAUUUCAAAUUUGAUUUGUCA